AAUGUCCCAUCCAAAAUGAUCAUUAAUGCUCUGUACUCUAUUUUCUGUUCUUUCCUGCUCUGCUUUUUAUAUCUUAAAACAACGAGCAGAAGUCCACUUUGCCUGAUUCUUCGAAGGACUGUCAAUCGGUUGCAUUCUGCUACAUCAUUAAAUAAGUUGGAACUACCAGGACAGAGAUUAGCAAAGACAUGUACAACAUGUCUCUCUGCUAUGGAAAAGAAAUUGGCCGAGUACAAAUGUAGCACUAAUGAAGCAAUACAACUGAAAUUAGUACGCUUUCCAGAAGACAUUGAAGAUGAGAGCAUAAUGUUUAACCCAGAGUACAGCCACCAGAUUUUUGGUGAUGAGGAGGUAGCCUUUGGAUACAAAGGCUUGAAGAUCCUGUUGUACUGCAGUGCUGGGAACUUAUCUACCAUGUUUCGGGUGCAGUACAGCUCUAAAGUCAGCGAUAAGUUUGAUUUGGUUCAGCCAGAUGACGUUGAAAAUAAAAUCCAUGAACUAAUUCCGGCAGGUUUCUGCUGUGGUACAGAUGAUUUUAUAUCUUUGUUGGAAAAGGAGGUGAAUUUUAAACCCUUUGGGUCCAUUGUUCACACAUACACUGUUCACAAUGAAGAGGCUGGUGAAGACAUCACAUAUCAGAUAUACAAGGCUGACAUGACCUGUCCAGGCUUUCGAGAGUACCAUGAACGACUCCAAACCUUCUUGAUGUGGUUUAUUGAAACAGCUAGCUAUAUAGAUGUAGAUGAUGAGAAAUGGGACUACUUUCUAGUAUUUGAGAAGUAUAAUAAGGAUGGAGCUACACUCUUUGCAACCGUAGGCUACAUGACAGUCUAUAAUUACUACGUGUACCCAGACAAAACCCGGCCACGUGUAAGCCAGAUGUUGGUUUUGCCACCAUUUCAAGGGGAAGGUCAUGGUGCCCAGCUUAUGGAAACAGUUCACAGAUAUUAUGUAUCUGCUCCCAAUAUUUUUGACAUAACAGCUGAAGAUCCAUCAGAAAACUUUGUACGUCUCAGAGACUUUGUCCUUGUGAAGCUUUGUCAAAACCUUGCAUGUUUUUCUCCUGAAAAACUGGUGUGUGGAUUCAGCCAAGAGAUGGUGACAGAGGCUCAAGAAAAACUUAAAAUUAACAAGAAACAUGCAAGGCGAGUUUAUGAAAUUCUUCGGUUACGAGCAACAGACAUGAGUGAUCUGGAAAAAUCCAAAGCAUACAGACUCGAUGUAAAAAAAAGACUUGUGGGACCAUACAAGAAAAAUCAGAGAGAGAUGACUAAGAUGCAGCAGUGCCUUCGGCCAGAAGAGUUGACCAACCAGAUGAACCAAAUCGAUUUAAACACACAGCACGAGCAGUUAGAGGAGAGCUAUCAGCAGCUUGUCGAGGAAUACAGGCGGAUAGUUGAACGACUGGCUCAGGCCUAGAGCUCUCAAGCAUGGUCACAGAUCUUUCACAGUAUAGCCUUCAGCUUUUUCUCUGAUAUUGCCAACAGACUGUGAUCUUAGUACAGUUCUUAAUGUACUGUUACAGUUAAUGUUCUCUUGGACUUUUUGGACUACCACUGGGCUGGAAUCUUCAGCUGCUUUUUGUUAAUGUUAGAUCUGUUUGCAUUCAGAGCUGACAGACAGUAAAUAUUGUAAUAGCCCGUCUUUCUCAGCACUUAGUUAACGUUCCAUGCAAAGUUAUUAUGGGCAAAACAUUUAAAUAUCCAGUGCUUGGGAAUCAGGGAUAUGAAUCAUUAAGGUCAAUCGUCAUAUUUAAACUUAAGCUCCCAGAAUUUCUAGCACUGGUUAAGAAUUUGUCAUUUACAGCAUAAGAUGAAAAUAUUAUGUUUUGCAGGGAAAUCAGUUGCUAAAAUCCACGUAGGUUGUAUUUGACAUAAUAUGUGCAAAUAUUCACAAUACCAAAAUAUUACAUCACAUUAAAUAAUGUUUUCAAUGCAAAUA